UUUCUUAGCUUCCUCCGUCAAUCACACUUCAUCACACACCAAAUCGGAACUUGAAAACCAAAACAAACAGAAAAACCCUAAAACGCCGACGUUUCACAAUGCUUUCUUCUUCCCCAACUUUCUUCGCACCUCCAUUUCUCUCCUCCUCUUUUCCGCCGCUCUCACCACCGUCUCGAACUUCCCGGAUCUCGCCGUCUUUUUCUACGACCACCGCCUCUUCCUACACAUGCGCCGAGGAUCCGCCGAGACUGCGCCAGAUCCCGCAUCGAUUUCCGGCGACGGCGUCUCUCUACGAGAUCCUUGAAAUUCCCGUCGGCUCGACGAGCCAAGAGAUCAAAUCGGCGUACCGACGGUUAGCCAGGAUCUGCCAUCCCGACGUGGCCGAAACCGGUCGAAAUCCUUCAUCGGCGGACGAUUUCAUGAAGAUCCACGCCGCGUAUUGCACGCUUUCUGAUCCGGAGAAACGCGCCGUAUACGAUCGGAGGAUGCUUCGUCGAAGCCGGCCGUUAACCGUUGGUGGCUCUGGAUUCGGCAGUUACGGCGGAGGGAAUUGGGAAACUGAUCAGUGCUGGUAACGAGUUGACUCGGUGAUCGAAUUGGGACGAACCAGUGCAUUAAGUUUUUUUUGUUGUUGUUGUAAUUAGUGCAAAACCCAGAGAUUAGCUUAAUCGAUUGUAAAUGAUAAGUCUUGGUCAUUAGCUUAACGUUGUAUUAGUUGCUUGUGAUAAUCAGUGUGCUAAUAAUAUUUUCGCCGAUCAAUAUC